CCCAGAGAAUAAGACGUCCUACUCUGUGCAAAAUGGACAAGCCUGUCUACAAUCUGGCCAGUCGAACUCAGCUCUCGAGGAGAUUCACUUCUCAUCUUCCCUCCAACGGAACAGACCUGCACCACAAUGCCGUCACUCCGUACCAUCACUCUAGUAGUUGCUUCUGCGCUUUGCGUUACCGGGCGUAGCCUUGGAACAGCAGCAUCCACGUCGACAUCUUCCGCGUGCUCAAAUGUUGAGCUGCAACAAGUGCAGACGCAAAUUGCGGCUAUCCGCGCGACAUUGGAGUCGGAUGCGGGCUCCAGCAGCAAGGCCUCGAGUGUUCCGUCGACCUGCGUGGUGGCAUUGACCUUCGACCUGUCCGCAGCCAGCAAGGACGACGAAGAGACCUGUGCAAACGACUGCCUGGCCUGGAUCGAAGACGUGGUGGAGGCUCCAACUUGCGGAGACGAAGAGAUGUUCAUGUACAAACGACGAAUGACCGCGUACCUGAAACAGUGUAGAGAACACCGGCAUGUGAGGUUUCAGGAGAACAACCACUUCGAGCACAGCAACCGAUUGCGAGGACUAGCAGCUGGACACGCAGAAGGGCGUGGUCUCGGUGUCAAGGGCCUGAUGGACGCACUGCUGGUUGUCACACUGAACAACGCGCUGUAAAACGACCGAUGUACAGAUGCCAAGACUAUUUAUCAGCAUUCGCGUUAAUCCACCUUCGUAAAUGCUCCAACUGCAGGAAUAACGUUCGACUGUAUCGUAUUAAAAAAUGUACUGUCGGGCAGUAAAAUGCAGCGUUAGUUUCCCGAUUUCCAUGACUUCGCCAACAACUUAUCAUACAGAAUGUGAUGUAAAGAAAAAAAAGUUUGAAUUCAGAAAAUGUACAGAUGCAAAGAGUUUUGUCCGUGUUCGGGUUGGUUGAGUUCUAUUGCGCAUUAAGCUAAGUGAAAUCAUC